UUCAGCUCUCUCUCUCUCUUCUUGAGCCUCCUUCUCAACAAAAGCCAAACACCCUUUAUGCAUUUCUGAGCCAUUAUUAGAAAUAAGGAAACCUUUUAGCUGAAAAAAGUCGUGGAAUCAUCGUCAUCAUGGCAUUAGAAACUGUGGUUUAUAAUUCUCAAGACACAUUUAGCUAUGGCUUCAAGGACGUCUACUCCUCUAUGGUAGGUCCUAAUAAUACUAAUCUGGGGUACGAAUUUUUCCUCCAAGAAGAAGAAGAACACAAAUCCCUUGUUGGGAUUUUCGAUAAUCACAUAAUGGACCAAACCAUUCAUGCAAAUUUAGACUAUUACUACUCUCCGCCUCCUUCGGCUCUCCAGAGCUUAACCGAACAGUUAGGAUCCUCUAACUCGUCUCCUGAGGUCAGCUGCCCACCACCGCCGCCGCCAUCAGCACCACUACCACUUGAUCAAUCCUUUCUCCAUGGAUCUUCGCUAUCACUCCCCGGCCAGGUUACCGACCCAAUCGCUGAGCCACCGGCCACAGAAAAAGGCCGCAGAAAACGACGCCGUACAAGAACCAGCAAGAACAAAGAAGAACUCGAAAACCAGAGGAUGACCCACAUUACUGUAGAGAGAAACCGCCGCAAACAGAUGAAUGAGUACCUUGCUGUACUCCGAUCAUUAAUGCCCCCGUCCUAUGUUCAGAGGGGUGACCAAGCGUCAAUUAUUGGGGGAGCAAUUAAUUUCGUGAAGGAGCUCGAGCAGUUGUUGCAGUCAAUGGAGGGCCACAAGGUCAGAACAAAAGUAGAGGACGAUCAUAAAGAGGAUAUCAGAAAUGGUGGAAAACUCUCUUCUAAUCCUUCUCAAUCUUCUUCUUCUUUACCUUUACCUUCAUCUUCAUCUCCAUCUCCACCAUCAUCGUCCUCUUCGUCAUCUUCUACUUCUCCUUCCCACUUUUCUUCUCCAUUUGCUGACUUCUUCUCUUUCCCACAAUACUCCACACGUGCGAACCAGUACUACUUAAGCAAUAACUCAUCUGGGGUUGCCUCGGAAAAUGGCCAAAUGGCGGCGGCGGCGGACAUAGAAGUGACCAUGAUCGAUUGCCAUGCCAACCUUAAAAUACUGUCAAUGAAAAAGCCGAGACAACUCUUAAAGAUGGUCGCAGGUCUCGGAGCCCUUCGGCUCUCUGUUCUUCACCUUAAUGUUACCACUGUUGAUCAAAUGGUACUCUACUCGUUUAGCGUCAAGGUUGAAGAAGGGUGCCACCUGAAUACUAUGGAUGAAAUUGCAGCCUCUGUUAAUCAAAUGCUGCACAGAAUUGAAGAGCCUGGUUUGAUGAGCUGAUUAUGGAAAACUUUUUAUUUUAUAUUAUAUUUUCUCACUUUGUAAUUCAGCUUGUCUGCCUUUCCAAUGGAAUCAUUUUCAUUGGCCCCUGUUUUUCUUCAUUGUCUUUUCUUUUAUGAUUUUAUUUUUAAUUUGAGUAACAAUAUAUUGUCAAUAAUUACUGCAGUUUUGGAGUUGAGUGUAUCAGCUUUUGGAUUGGUAAAGUGUUAAUCCAAUCUCCGCAUUUCAAAUGAUUUUUACUUUAUUUUACCAAAACAAGAAUGAUCUUUUA